ACCAGAGUCAUAUCCCAUUGUACCACUCUCCUUCAAACAUAGUAAUAGAAAAAAGAGCAACCCUUGUCUGAGAAGUCAGAGAGAGAAAGAAUGGAUCAAAAUGUGCUAGGCACUCAAGUGUACCCCUACACGACCCAAACCCAUAGCCAGUGUAUCUUCGUCAACCAGAUCGAUGGAUUAUCAUCAGGCGAAGUAUCAAAGCCUGUGAAGAGGCGGAGGAAGAGGAGGAGCAAAGGUUUGUCGGCCACCAGCGAAGAUGACAUGACGGCGAUCGGAGUGAUGUUGAGAAAGAGGAAGUUGACCGAUCAGCAAGUGAAUAUGCUCGAAUUCAGCUUCGAGAACGAGCACAAGCUCGAGUCAGGGAGGAAAGAGAAGAUCGCCGGAGAGUUAGGUCUUGACCCGAGACAGGUAGCUGUUUGGUUCCAGAACCGCCGUGCACGGUGGAAGAACAAGAAACUCGAGGAAGAGUACGCCAAACUCAAGAGCCAACACGACACCGUCGUCCUAGGCCAAUGUCAGCUCGAAUCUCAGGUAUUAAAACUGUCGGAACAGUUGAGCGAAGCUCAAAACGAAAUUCGAAAACUUUCGGAGCGACUUGCCCAAGAAACGCUAACAAACAGUCCGAGUUCACCUCGUUCUGUUGAAGCCAAUGGUGCACAAAUUGAUUUCGAGUUUCCGCCGGAUAUAAAUUACAACAUCCCGUUUUACAUGUUGGAUAAUAAUUACUUGCAGAACAUGGAGUAUUGGGAUGGUUUGUAUGUGUAAUUUUAACAACUAAAGUAUUUAGAGUGGGUUGCUCAAAAAAAAAGUAUUUAGAGUGGAUGGAUCGAAAAUCAUGUUUAUUUUAAUGUAUAAAUAGAUGUUUGUCAACCUGUUUGUAAAUGCAGUGUUUUAAAUAUUUUAAAUAACUUUGUUUCUCAA